GGGACGCUGGGAACGUUUUACAAUCCAGAGAUAACUGAAUGGACUCUGUCCCUCGCGCUACAAUGUGUACACAAACAAAGUAGCUAGUUCCGAAGUGAUGAGGCAGAAAAUUGUUGUAAUAUUUUGGAGAAAACAUAUACGAUGGAAAUAAUUAAAAGAAGAAAUGGACACUGAAGGUGAUACCUUAACUCCACAAGAUGGCAGUAAUGAAUCAGCAAAUCAGCCAGGUGCCUUAAAACCUCAAAGAAGAACCGCAUUGCGCAUGCGUAUGGGGACACUAGGUAAACUAUGACUACUGGUUUCGAUAUAUUUUACAGCAUGGCUCUCGUUCCGUAUGUAGAGAAUUCGUUACCUGCGCUUUCCAAACUCCACAAUUCAUCGGCACAGUUUCGGUUCGCCAACCACGACCUCCGUCUUGCCCAGGACUGGAAAAGGCUUGGGGUAGCAGCAGUUGUGUGGGAUGCGGCAAUUGUCAUGUGCAUGUACCUGGAGCUGGAGAAGGUGGAGUUAAAGGGGAAGGGGGCAAUUGAACUGGGAGCUGGCACGGGACUGGUGGGCAUUGUAGCAGCCCUGCUGGGUGCCAAAGUGACCAUCACUGACAGAGAGCCUGCCCUGGACUUCCUCUCUGCCAACGUGAAGGCAAACCUGCCCCCAGACUCCCAGGGAUCCGCGGUUGUGUCUGAGCUAAGCUGGGGGGAGGGCCUUGAACGUUACCCAGCCGGGGGAUUUGAUCUGGUGCUGGGAGCAGACAUUGUUUACCUGGAGGACACCUUUGUGCCGCUGCUGCAGACUCUAGAGCACCUGUGUUCAGACACCACUGUGGUGUUACUGGCCUGUAAGAUCCGCUACAAGAGAGAUACAAACUUUUUGAGCAUGCUGAAGCAGCGGUUCAGAGUUGAAGAGGUCUACUAUGACAAACAAAGGGACAUUCAUGUAUAUCAAUCUCGGAAACUGCCACCUAGGAGGGAUUUGUGACGACUCAGUGAACUGACUACUCAGUUUUCUUUCACUGACUGCCUUCUUCUUUGUAAGCAUUUACUGUUUUUGCAUAAGAAUCAAAUAAAAUGUUAAAAAUCAAA